GCUUUACAUCCCAUCUACUAAACUGCUUCGAUGGGGUUUAAAUGUGGUACCUUAGUGUGAUGCCUAGUACAGCAAGCAAAUCAACACACUUUACUGCACACAUUGCAUCUGGAAUCCAGCAGCGGCCACAAUCUAUCAUUUAUUUAAUGAAUCUGACCUGUCUGGUAGAAAUAAUGCAAACACACACAGCAGACAGGCAGAGCAUCUCACGUAGAGAAACUGCAUUCAUUUCCAAUUAGUGCUCAAGUUCUCCGAUUUUAGACAAUUAUGCAAUGCCGGGAUAAAUCCUUUCAUCUGGAAUUCUCAGCUGAUGUGACAAAUGGAGCGUGCAGACGUACUAAAAAGACUGAGGAAUUGUGCUUAAAAAGAAGCAGCUCCUGAUCCUGCAGACACACAAAGCAAUACAUGCAAGGUGUCAACACUUCAGCAUCUUCAUGGGUCAACUAUCACAGUCAACCAUCAUUUUGAAGAGUUGUUAAAUCUGAAAUAUGAUGUCUAUGCAAUGUGCAUGUAAAUACCAGUCACAAAAUAUCAGAUGCAAAUUAACAUAAUGUUUCUAAGAAAAAUUUCUGGGAUAUUUCCAGCUGGAUUUGGAAUUCGCCUGUCACAGAAAUUUGUAUUUUUAUUGUUUUUGUCCGGAUUUAUUACAUUAUGCUUUGGGACACUAUUUCUCUUACCAGACACAUCCAAAUUUAGAAGAAUAUUUUUAUCUAGUACACAGAGCCAGAAUGGUGAAAGAUUACACAACUAUGCUAGUAAGAAAAUGAACAAAAAAAGUGUUGAAGAUCAAAAGUCACUGCUACGGAAUACAAAUCAGGAAAAGUGGAGAUCCAAAGACAAGUUUGACGUGGAUGUAAAACCACUGGGAUUUCUAGCCAGCAACUACGAAACACAAAAAGAUGUUUCAUUGAACAGAGAACACAUAGUAGCUGCUAACGCCAAAAAUAAAGAGAGUGAGAUAUCUGGAGCUCACAAGAACCAUGCUAACUUUGUUUUCGAUUACAAGGCUUUCAAAAAAUCUCUUAAAUAUCCACCACUAGGAAAUCAACCUGAACCAAAAGAUUCAGAAAUCCGAGAAAAGAGAAACAAGAUAAAGGAGAUGAUGAAAUUUGCAUGGGACAGCUAUAGGAGAUAUGCUUGGGGAGAGAAUGAGCUACGUCCAGUAACUAAAGAUGGACAUUUUGGAAGCCUAUUUGGGGGAUUAAAAGGAGCCACGAUAGUGGAUGCUCUGGACACUCUUUUCAUAAUGGAUUUAGAGGAAGAGUUUGAAGACGCAGGAAAGUGGGUAGAGAAUAGCCUAGACCUGAAUGUGAAUGGAGAGGCUUCACUGUUUGAAGUUAACAUCCGUUACAUAGGAGGCUUACUCUCUGCUUACUACCUUUCAGGAAAAGAGGUUUUCCGAGAGAAAGCAAUCGGUCUUGGGAAGAAAUUGUUACCAGCAUUCAGCACACCUACUGGAAUCCCUCGUGGUAUUAUCAACCUUGGGAAUGGUUUGAACUGGAGCUGGGGAUGGGCAUCUGCUGGGAGCAGCAUUUUAGCUGAAUUUGGAACUUUACACUUGGAGUUCUUGAAGCUGAGUGAACUAUCUGGAGACUCAGUAUUUAUUGAGAAGGUUAACACUAUCAGGAGGAUAUUGAAGAACAUGGAGAAACCUCAUGGAUUGUAUCCUAACUAUUUCAGUCCUGUCAGUGGGAGUUGGGUCCAACAUCAUGUGUCUCUUGGAGGACUUGGUGACAGCUUCUAUGAAUACUUAAUCAAGUCUUGGCUGAUGUCAGCUAAAAAAGAUAAUGAAGCAAAGGGCAUGUACUACGAAGCUGUAGAGGCAAUUGAAGCACAUCUAAUCAGAAGAUCUGCUGGGGGUCUCACAUAUAUUGCUGAGUGGAAAGGUGGAGUUUUGGACCAUAAAAUGGGACACCUGACUUGCUUUGCUGCAGGGAUGUUGGCACUUGGGGCAAAUGAUGCACCAGAUACCAAAAAAGAUCACUAUAUGGAAUUAGCAGCAGAUAUUGCCAACACAUGCCAUGAAUCUUAUGUACGUACAGAUACUAAGCUUGGGCCUGAAGUUUUCAGGUUUGAUACUGGGGCUGAAGCUACAUCAACCAGGCAGAGUGAACGAUAUUAUUUAUUACGUCCGGAAGUGGUGGAGAGCUACUUGUACUUGUGGAGAUUGACGCACAAUCCCAAGUAUAGAGAAUGGGGCUGGGAGAUUGUACAGGCCUUGGAUACCUACUGCAGAAUAGAAAAUGGAUUUUCAGGCAUUAAAGAUGUGUACACUACAAAUCCCAACCAUGACAAUGUGCAACAAAGUUUUUUCAUGUCAGAAACAUUAAAAUACCUCUACCUACUGUUUUCAGACGACGACCUAUUAUCAUUAGAAGACUGGGUUUUUAAUACUGAAGCACAUCCGUUGCCAAUAAAUAACCUAAAAUCCAUUUGAAGCACAAGAAACCAAUACAUAUCUAUUCAGUGUUUUUAUCUGAAAUGUAAAUUUUCAUACAAAAGAAAUUCUAUUUUGUGAGCUAAAUUUGAGAUACCAAGAGUUGCAUAAAAUACUAUGUCAGAACCUGUUCCUUGUUACAUUUUAGCACUAAAAGAAACGGUGGCCUUUUGCAGAAAAUUUCUGCCAUUCUUAUUUAUGUUCUUAUUAUUGUUACAAGCAGAGAAGAUUGGUGUAAAAGGGGAAAAAAACUACAUUUAAAUGUCUUUAAAGAUUAUGUCUGGGAUGCUCUUACUAGUGCUAUGUGCCAGUUUAGAUAUAUAUACUCUCUAAAAGAUUGUGCAACAUUUCUACUGGAAAAUUGGUCAGAUUACUAGGUAGCUCCAAGUUAAGCUUAUCACUUUCUAAUUUUAACAACAAUUUCCUAGUUUAAUUUAAUUAUCAAAAAUACUUUAGUAUCAGAAUAAUCAUACACACCUUCCAGCUAAAGGGUUUCCAGAUGUCUGAAUGAAACCUGUCAACUCUGUUUGCUGCUAGGGUGUAAAAGCAAACUGUUCCUUUCUUAGAGUUCAUGGUGGUUGCCAAACUAAUAGAAUCACCUUUUCUUAGUCAAGUGUCAUGAAGGUGGUGCCAAACUUCAAAAGUGCCACAGCUUGGCACACCUCCUCGCUUACCUCUCAGCACCUCCUUGACUUAUAAACAGUUGAAGAGGGCAUGGAACAUAAGGGGAAAGCGAGUAGGUGUAUCAGGCUGUGGUAACCGUCACCAAUUCCAGGAAAGAUACCGUUUUCUUUUAUACCCUGUCUGCUAUCCAAAACUGUCUACAACUCUUAAAAGCAAAUAUAGCUAACAGAUUUUCUUUAAAUGUAUUCAAGAUUGGCCACAGAUAUAAAUUUUCAGCUAGCCAUUGGACAUGACUCCCUUUAUAAAUACAAAUAUUUAUAGGUAUAAAAACUAAUGUCUUUAUAAUAUUAAGAAAACCUGCUAUUUUUUUUUUUU